AUGGAAAUCACCGAACUUGUCAACAACAAGGAGCGCUACCGCCGCUUCUACUGCAGUUGGAAGACCUGCGAGAAGGGAUUCAACCGCAAGUCGGACCUCAUCAGACACUUCCGAAUUCAUACCAAUGAGCGGCCGUACCCAUGCCCAGCACCGGGCUGCGAGAGGAGUUUCAUCCAAAGAAGUGCGUUGACUGUGCACCUCCGUACGCAUACUGGAGAGAAGCCAUACGAGUGUCAGUAUCCUGGAUGCUACAAGCGAUUCGCCGAUUCUUCCAGUUUUUCGCGCCAUCGACGGGUGCAUUUGGGCAAACGUCCGUAUACAUGUGUCAUUGAGACCUGUCGGAAAAGGUCAGUCACAAAUUUCGACUUCCCUGGCGACUUGAGUCCGAGCUAA